AGUUGUGGAAGUGUGGGCGGCAGGGUUGGGCUGGACUUCCGUUAGCGAGCGAGCGAGCGAGGCCGAGAGGGAGAGGAGCGCUGGUCUGAUGCAGGCGAUAAAGUGUGUGGUGGUGGGCGAUGGCGCGGUGGGUAAGACAUGUCUUCUCAUCAGCUACACGACCAACGCCUUCCCUGGAGAAUACAUCCCCACCGUCUUUGACAACUACUCGGCCAACGUGAUGGGGGACGGCAAGCCGGUGAACCUGGGGUUGUGGGACACGGCCGGGCAGGAGGACUACGACCGUCUGCGGCCACUCUCCUACCCCCAGACUGAUGUCUUCCUGAUCUGCUUCUCACUGGUCAGCCCAGCUUCCUUUGAAAAUGUCCGUGCCAAGUGGUAUCCAGAGGUUCGGCACCAUUGCCCAAACACACCCAUCAUCCUGGUGGGCACCAAGCUGGAUCUGCGAGAUGACAAGGACACAAUUGAGAAGCUGAGGGAGAAGAAGCUGACCCCCAUCACCUACCCCCAGGGCCUGGCCAUGGCCAAGGAGAUCGGUUCGGUGAAGUAUCUGGAGUGUUCGGCUUUAACUCAGCGAGGCCUUAAAACGGUUUUUGAUGAAGCCAUCCGUGCCGUUCUGUGUCCCAUUCCUGUAAAGAAGAAGAAGAGAAGAUGUUUUGUUUUGUAACUCUGUCCUUCUCUUGCCAGUUUACCAAGCCCACAGCAUUGAUUCAAAUAUGCCAAUAUUUUCCCUGCAUUGUGAUUACUUUUUCCCUUUAGAAUUGCUAUUGAGCAGAUACCCGUCUAAUUAUUUUCUGAUACUUACUAAGCAAUGAAAUAGGAUCAAUUAAACAACCUAGCAUUUGCUCCCUCUCCCUUCCCUACCCCCUCCAGCUCUGCCUAAUUACGCUCUUCGUAUUUAAAUUGCCAAAUUAUCCUCUAUAACUAGAUGCAACACUUCAUUUGCACUGCAAACACUAAAUCAUAGAAGGAUUUGCACCUUGCCGUCAUCUGGUACUGUUUACAACUUUUCCAGAACUCAAAUCAUUACUAGCGUAGGAUCUAUUCCCAACAUCUCAGGAUCACUCCAAAUUAACCGUCAACACAAGCUGGAAGUAACUGUGUUGAUGUAGAAUUACCUAGAACAGCUCUGACGGUGUGAACAGAUUUGAACACUUCAGAGGCGACAGGUAGCUUUAGUUGGGCCUGUUAUUUUUCUCUCCAUAAUUACAUUACAUGCUAACCACAUUACCUUGCUAGCUGGAAGUUGGCACAGAUGCUUUAUUGAUGUAAGCGUUAAGUACGAGUUAAUCAUGUCUGCUGCUGCGUUACUUAAACUUAAAACUAACAUGUGGUAGGUCUACGCCAAUUACUAACUAAUAAAACUAGGAUGUGCUCCUGCUUUGGAGGUGUGCUUCAGAGUUUCACAUUGAACCAAGCGUUUCAGUAUUCUUGGGCGGACGCAGAGAAGGAAAACAUGCUAGACUUUUGAAGGACUUGCGCGUGUUUUUGCUGAAUUCUAUAUUUUUAGUGAAGAUACAAGCAAGGUGGUGACAAAGGCAGGAACAGAUACUCGGGUUUGAAAAGAAUGGUUCUUUGAAGGCAUUGGAUCCUAACGAGCUUCUGAUUUGUAUCUUUACCGGAUUUUUUUGUGUAUGACAUGUGUUUCUGAAAUGGUUAACCACACAACUAUGUGUGUGCCUAUUAGAAUUUCAUUUUUAAAACAGUAAAUUUUAACUUUGAGUUGUCCCGCAGUGUCGUUCCCUGUUUUGAAUGCAAUGAAAGUGUUAUUUUCAUAAACUGGAAAUUAAUUACUGAUGACAAGAUUGCAAUUUUUUGUUAACACUUAAUUCUGUGACAAAUGCUAACGUUACUACAUAUAUCUUCAGCAAAGGAGCAUUCUUAGGACCGUGGUUUUUAUCCCUCCGUGACUGCAGAUCUUAAAAUAUUUCCUGUUUCAACAUUGAGAAACCUUAAAGACCAAACUUCUGCACGGAGUUAGAGGAACACCUUGCUUGUCCUUGUGCUUGGUUUAAUUCUACCAUAGACGCCUUAUCUAAAAUGUACAUAAUCCCAAUGUAUUUUCUACUUAAUUUUUCUAAAGGUUUUGUUCUGUGCAUGUUACCCAUCUGUUCUGGAACAGUGGUUUCCGCCGAUGGGGAGAGGAACAGCUGGUAACAAAAAUUAAUCUGCUUUUUAUAUAAACAAGUGUUAAAAUGUUGAAAAAAGAGGAAGUUUGCUUACAUUCUCAAUCACUGUUCUAUGUUUACUGUGUGAUUUAAAUAAAUGGUGACUACGUUGAUUGGUUA